AUGGAUAAUAUGGUAGUUGAUGAAGAUAAUUCACCAGCGACAACGACUAAUUUUAUUUCGACAGAGUCAACUUCAUUUGGUUACGAAGAUUUAAUCAUUCAUAUUCAAGCAAUUCAAUCUCAAAUGAUUAAAAUAACAAAAUUUCUUGAUGACCAAUGGAAAAAUGAAAAGAAUGUACGACAGGAAUUGAAAUCACGUUCAAUAACAUUUAUUGAUCCAUAUGGAAAUAAAAUAACCAACGAAUAUAUGGAUCAUGAAUUAAUUAGCACGUUGUUCAAGAAGUACACGAAAGAUUAUGUACCAAAAUAUUUACAAAAAUGGAUUCAAAUUGGAAAAAUGAAUCAAAAUGGUAUCUCAUCAUUGAGUGAUGAUUAUAUGAAAUUAUCCAUAUCGAAAUAUCCAGAUGAUUAUCAAUUUAAUUACAUAUGGUGA